AUGACAGCCAGUAACUCUGCCCUGUUGUUUGAUUGGAUCCCCCCAGGCAGCAGGCCAUUCAACAACUUUACCCCGUCCAAGGCAUCUGGCACAGUGAUCCUGCUCUCGGUCAAGCUGGCGGACCCACAGCAACGGCGCAGUCGCAGACUGCGGCAGGGCAAGGAUGCUGGCAUUGCUGCCGGCACAAAGCAGAAAGUCAAGCAGGACACAGAGGUGGCCUUCGCCCUGAGGCUGCGCGACCUGGCGGUGCAGAGGUUGGCCUUCGCGGAGAAACAGUGGCAGAAAGCCAUCGAAAAAGGAGACUUGGAAGGGGCAAAGGAGUGGGAGAAGAAGGUCGAGAAGGCCGAGGAGAAGGUCAAUGAGGCCAAGGCGGAGGUCAAGGAAGCAAAGGAGGAGGUUCAGGAGGCAGAGGACCCUGCAUUGAGAAGACAGGCGACCGGAAGGAAGCGGGAGUGCAAGGCCCAGCAGGCGUGCGUGGUCAAGCACGAAGCAGAAGAAGCCGAUGAGGCUGGGCCGGUUCGCCCUAGCAAGAGGCGUCGCAUCGGUCCGUCCAGCGAGUCCUUGCGCACCACGCCCGAGGAGAGCCAGGCGGCCACUGACGCCUCUCCGGCGGGCUCCGAGACCGCAGCACCAGAAUGUCCCGUGCUAACGAGGCGCUUCCUUCGCUUCCGCGGCCUGGAGCGGCAGAGCGGCGUGAAAAACAUCAGCUGGGAAAGGCAAGCGAGAAGCUGGCGCGUGUCCUUCCAGAAUCAAAAAGCUGGCAAGAGGAAGCAGCUCAACUUCAACUUCCCCAUCUCCAAGCACAUGAAGGAGGGCUUGGCUGAGGACGAGGCGGUGGCGGCCGCGCUGGCGGAGGCCAAAGCGCACCGCGAGGAGCUGGUGCGCCAGGGCAAGCUGAAGCCCCCGAAACCCGCGACAAGCACAGUGAGGGGCGUUCGUCGCACACCAGCUGGAACGUUUCACGUUGAAAUUCGGAAUCCACGCACGAAGAAGCAAAAGUAUGGCGGCAGCUUCGAGACGCUGGCGGAGGCAGAGGCGAAGGCGCGGAAGCUGGCCAAGAAGCUGGGCCUGCACGAGGAGGUGGUGCCGGUGGAGCCGCUCUCGGAUCUUCCGCGCUUCGAGCCGCUCGGGCCGGAGAAGGUGACGUGGCAACUCCUUUCGCAGGCCUGGUAUGCACGUUGCUUUUUCAACGGGAAGAACAGGCGCAAGACCUUCCGGCCUAAGGAUCUCUCGGAGAAGGAGGUGGAGAAGGCCUGGAAGCGGGCGGUGGCCUGGCGCAAGCGGCAGGAGCAGGAGAGGAAGCAGACCAAGCGGGCUCGAAAGCGCUGA